AUGAAUGGGCCGUUAGGGAAAAGCACUACGAAAGGCGAUCGGCUGCUGAUCACUCCGCAGACGAUGGAUCACAACCGGACGAGUAGUAGUGGCAGCACCCGGCGGAAGCUGUCCUUGCCGGGCAUCUUGCGUCCGGUGAAUCUGCUGACGGCGGCGACACUGGCCGUGGUGGCCAUUCUGCACCUGGAAUCGGUGCAGGCUCAGCGUCCGCUGGGCAACUCGACGUUCGGGGCGGCCCACAACUCGUCCGGCGUCAUCAACGCCCAUCCGGUCCUGACGACGAGUACCACAACCGAGGCACCGCCUCGAGGUGGUUCGGUGCCACCGUUGCUGGAAGACUCGUUCGAGUACGACAGCGCGGACGUGGAGGACCACGAGGAUGAGCACGACGUGGAACACCACCAUCAACACCCCCACUACCAUGAACCGGGUGGUCACUACCACCACCUACCGAACGAGGUAAACUCCGUGGCGAUGAGGAACGGUGGUAACGACGGGGGUCCGAUCGGUUCCCGGCAAUCCAGUAACCGGCUGAUCAACCCGUACUUCCCGACGCCGGCCUCCCCCGGGCAGGGUGGUUCGAAGACGACGGAACCGCAAAACCGGGGCCGCUUCAAUCCGGCCCGCCCGCGAGGCCGCAAGAAGUCGGCCAUCAAUGAGCUGCAACUGGCGCUGCAGAAGAAAACCUCCCAGACCAACAUGAACGGGCUCGAUUCCGGCAGCGAGCCGAUCUCGUUCGGGUCCACCACACACCAGCGGGGUCGGAAGCACCCUCCGCCACCACUACCGGGCGAACGGCCCGGUGGGGUGAGUGCCGCUGCCAGCACAACCCACCAGACCGGUCCGGGACAGUCCCCACACGGCGGGGGCAACGACGCAGGCCGAGGACUCGGAGUGGUGAUGCAAUCGCCCGGCUACUAUCCCUCCGGGGGUUCCACCUACAGCCGGCAGGGGGACGAUCCGUUCCGGACGCUGCGGGCCAAGUACAACGAGGAGCGUUACGGGAACUCGGUACCGGAGCAACCGUCGGAUAUGGACGAGGCACUCGGCAUGAAGUGUAACUUCGAGACGGAGUGCGCGUGGACGUGGGACGAAACCGACCCGCAAGGUUUCCAGGUGGUGUCGGGCGUCAAUCUGACCGAAUCGAACCGGACCGGGCUGAUGCCGGGACCGGGAGCUGACCCGGCGCACAAUGCCGCCGGCCACUUUCUGCAUCUGCGUCUGACGCAGGACAGCCAGCCGCACAUCCUGACUUCGCCCGUGUUCGGAGCGGCACGGGAGCACUGCUACCUGUCGGUGUUCACGCACCAGAGUGCCAUGCACCACGGCAGCAUCCGGAUCGUAAUCGAAACGAUCGGAGCGGGACAGGAGUCGAGCUGGGUGCCGGCCGAGAUUAUGGGUAACGAUCUGCGCCGCUGGCAGCUGAACACGUUCCGGAUCGCCAAGAUCACAAACGACUUCAAGGUGCUGUUCGAGGUCGUCCCGAACAAGCUCGGCGGCCAGUCGCGGGGCCACGUGAGCAUCGACAACCUGCGCAUGGUCAACUGCUUCCCGGACUCGGUCAGCACCAACAACUGUAGCUACUCGCAGGUCCAGUGCACCGCGAACCGGGUGCCGGUUUGCAUCAAAACGCCCAAAAUCUGCGACAUUACGGUCGACUGUGACGAGGGCGAAGACGAGUCGCUCAACUGCGACAAGAUACCGUUCGGUGGUCGGUGUGACUUCGAGACGGGAUGGUGUGGCUGGCAGAACUACGGUAACGUGAUCCUGUCCUGGGCGCGCCACUCGGGCCCGACACCGACGGAGAAGACGGGUCCGGAGAUGGACCAUACGCACGAGAACCCGAAUGUGACGGGGUAUUAUAUGUUCGUUAACAUGAACCAGCACGCGAACGACAGCGAGAAAAAGUCGCUGGUUGGGCUGGCCAGCAACGCCAUAAUGAACAGUGUCGUCUUUAAUCCGCCACCUCUGGUGCACACCAACGCCAGCUCGCCGUACCGGAACUCGUGCGUGGUCCGCUUCUACGUCCACCAGUACGGGAUGAACGCGGGCAGCAUCAACCUGUCGAGCGUGGAAAUCCGGGAGAAGGAGAACUUCACCACGACCCUGUGGUGGAGCUCGAAGAACCUCGGCGAAGAGUGGAUCCGGAUCGAGGUGGUGCUGCCGAACAUCACAACCAAGUACUACCUGCAGUUCGAGGCGCGCAUGGGCAUGCGCAUCUUCUCCGACGUCGCGAUCGACGACUUCUCGCUCAGCCCGGAGUGCUUCGGGUUGAACGUGCCGGCCGAGCAUCUGCAGGGCUACAACUACUGGGACCCCCGGAUAGGCGGCCACAAGCAGCCGCACAAAGACUUUGUCGGGAAAUCAUACCUGGAGCUCAGUACGUGUGGUGCCAAGGGGCAACAGGGGCCGACGCCUGCCGACUGUCUGGGGUCGUACAACAACACGGAGGCGUUCAGUGCCGUCCACGUCAUCGACAGCCACCCGUUCAAGGGCAUCCAGGCGUGGAAGGUGCCCAACGAGGGCUACUACACCAUCAUUGCGAAAGGCGCCGGUGGCGGCCUCGGAUCGGGCGGAGUGGGCUCGUCCCGGGGAGCGAUGGUGCUGAGCGUGCUGGAGCUGCACAAGGACGAGGAGAUCUACAUCCUGGUGGGGCAGAGCGGGGAGCACGCGUGCAUCAAGUCGAUGGGCUACCGGGACGAGUCGUGCGAGCUGCGGAACAAGGCGCUCACCGUCGACACGUGGCCGAUGCACUCGAAGACGCAACAGGUGAAGAACACGAUCAUCGAGGAGGGCGCCGGAGGUGGCGGUGGCGGAACGUACGUUUUUCUGCUCAACUCGGCCAACACGGCGGUUCCGUUGCUGGUGGCUGGCGGUGGCGGUGGGCUAGGCGUUGGCCGCUACCUGGACGAGGACGUACAGCACGGGAAGCGGUAUCUGGUGCAGAAGAAGGACGUGUCGGGUUCGGCCCAUGGCGAUUCGGGGACUCGUCGGGCCGGGCCCGGCGGUGGAUGGCGGGCUCAGGCCGAUAUGGGCCUGGACCCCCGGUACGGGGCCUCGCUGCUGGAGGGGGGCCGCGGUGGCUUGCCAUGCUACACGCCCCGCGGGACCCACGGCCAGGGUGGCUUCGGUGGGGGUGGCGGCGGAUGCGACACCGGCGGUGGCGGAGGAGGAUACGCCGGGGGCGAUACGAUGAUCAACUCCACCAACGGUGAGGGCGGCUCGUCGUUUCUGGCCUCCAAGCGGAACGUGCCCGAGCUGUCGAUGGAGUACGGCGGGGCCAACGGUGGCCACGGGGCGGUCCUGAUCAUCCCCGCCAUCCAGGGCUGCGGGUGCGACUAUCGGUGCGUGGCGCUCGACGAGUACCGGGCCACGGUCGGUUGCAUCUGCCCCGAUGGCUGGACCCUCAAGCCGGACAACUAUACUGCGUGUGAAUUGCCCACGGAAACCGUGGAAAUGAAGUACCUAAUCAUGUUCUUUGUCGUUGUUGUGCUCGUGCUCUGUGCCGCCCUCGCGAGUCUUAUUUUAAUACUAUAUAAUCGUUACCAGCGUAAGCGCCAGGCGGCGCUACGCCACAAGAUGCUCCUGGAGCAGGACCUGCAGCUGAGCCGGCUCCGUAGCACGGCGGACGACUCGGCGCUGACCAACUUCAAUCCGAACUAUGGUUGUGAUGGCAUCCUGAACGGCAACGUGGACGUGAAGAGCCUGCCGCAGGUCGCCCGGGAGAGUUUGCGUUUGGUCAAAGCGCUCGGGCAGGGUGCCUUCGGGGAGGUGUACCAGGGACUCUACCGCCACCGGGACGGCGAUGCGGUCGAGAUGCCGGUGGCGGUCAAGACGCUCCCGGAGAUGUCCACCGGGCAGGCGGAGUCGGACUUCCUGAUGGAGGCGGCGAUUAUGGCCAAGUUCAAUCAUCCGAACAUUGUGCACCUGAUCGGUGUCUGCUUCGAUCGACAUCCACGGUUCAUCGUCCUGGAGCUGCUGGCCGGUGGUGAUCUGAAGAACUUCCUCCGCGAAGGACGCAAUAAACCGGAACGUCCAUCGCCGCUGACGAUGAAGGAUCUGAUUUUCUGCGCGCUGGACGUGGCCAAGGGCUGCCGGUACAUGGAGAGCAAGCGGUUCAUCCACCGGGACAUUGCGGCCCGCAACUGUCUGCUGAGCAGCAAGGGCCCAGGUCGGGUGGUCAAGAUCGCCGACUUUGGGAUGGCCCGCGACAUCUACCGGUCCGAUUACUACCGGAAGGGGGGCAAGGCGAUGCUACCGAUCAAGUGGAUGCCACCGGAAGCGUUCCUGGACGGUAUCUUCACCUCCAAGACGGACGUCUGGUCGUUCGGGGUGCUCCUGUGGGAAGUGUUCAGCCUUGGGUUGAUGCCGUACACGGGACUCCCGAACCGGGACGUGAUGCAGCUGGUGACGGGCGGUGGGCGGCUGGAUGCGCCGCAGGGCUGCCCGAUCGCCGUGUACCGCAUCAUGGCCGACUGCUGGAACCCGACGCCCGAGGAGCGGCCCUCGUUCUCCAAUCUGCUCGAGCGGCUCACGACCUGCACCCAGGAUCCGGAGGUGAUGAACGCGCCGCUUCCGAGCUUCUUCCGGCCACCGUCGAACGAGCGCGAUACGACGAUCAUGCGGCCGCCCGGCAACGAUGACUUUUGCCUGCAGGUACCAAAUUCGUCCGACUACCUGAUCCCGCUGCCCGGUCCCCGCUCGGUCGCCGAGCGAUUGCUGAGCGAAGCGACCGGGGUGACGAUCCCCGACACGCUCAUCACCUGCACGCCACCGAAGAACGCUUCACCCCGGCUACUGAACGGCACGGUGAUGUCCGGCAACCAUGUCGGCGGAGUUGGAAUCUGUCCCCAGGUGCCUGCCCAGGUGGCGCUGGCACUGGCGGCCCCCACCGACACCGGUCCGACCUGCUGGGAAACGUCCUUCAUCCGCAAGCACCCGUCCGGGGGUCAGGUGUGCCCGGCGAGCGUAGCGCUUCCGCCACCGCCAUUGGAAGCAAUGCCCGACCCGGGGCCAGUGGCGAGCACACAGAUCCCUCCACUGCCGGAGGUGGCCGACAAGUUGAUUUCACUCGACACGCCCCAGCAGACCCCGACCGCCAUUCAGCCGCCGAUUUCAUUCGGCAAUCCGAUCACCGUCGAGCCCUCCAACGUCACCAACGGACCACUCACGAACGGCAACGCACACGGACCGAUCGUCCCGGUUGAAUCACCGAUCGAAACGGCCAAACUGCUCAGCAGUAUUCCGCCUCCGAUCACACUCGAUCCGGCCGCGCUCCACGCCCAGCAGAACCAUGUUGUCGUCGUCGGGGGCACGUCCUACGCCAACAUCCGCAUGAUGAACAGUGCCGCUGCCGCCGCCGGCGCCAUCGCCGGACCCACCGUCAAUGGGAACGGCGGGAACAGCAACGGUCACCACAGCCACAGCGGUGCGAAUGGCCAUCUGGACAAGAUGGGAGGGCUGGCGGUUUACAACAACGGCCCCACCACCGGGAACCCGGGAAGCACGAACGGGCAUCACCUGCACCACCACGGAGGGGGCACCGGGGGUUCGAACGGACUGGUCGACAAGGGCCCCGGGGUGGUCGCUCCGCACCAGCAGCAGCAGGAUCCGUCGCGUACGGCCGCGCCCUUCACGAUCCAAACGUUCAGCGAACGGUACAUCAGCCCGGAAAACCACUCGGAGAUCAGCUGCUAA